AUGAUGAUGGACGGGAAUCUGGCCGUGUCAAAGCUAUUCAGAAGACUGAAAAGACGAAGUGGGGCCAGUCAAACAGUGCGUUUCAGUCAUUUUGUUCGCCACAUCACAAAGAGCUAUGACCCUAAGAAGGGGGUCAUGGAUCGAAAUGUGAGAAUUGGAUCCGAUCAUUGGGCAGAAUACUUCCAGCUUUGUGACCCUUGUUCUGUUCAAUAUGAUAUCAUUGGCCAUUUAGAAGAAAAAGAAGACGCCUCAAAUUUCUUGAAAUUAAUCGGUGCAAACGUCACAUUUCCAUCUCUGGAAUCUGUGAACGAUACUGCUGAACGUCACAGGGUUCACGGUGACACCGCACAAAAAAUGAAAGAGAGCUACGCUGAGGUGGAGGAAGCAGAUCUACGCAGGUUGCUGGAGGUUUUCAGAACGGAUGCACAGCUGUUCGGAUACGAUCUGACAAAAACGGAUUGA